AUGAAUCCCUUCAAGAACUACGAGACCAUUAAAGUUACGCUCAAGUACGGCAGAGAAGGUGCUGCGUUCUUAUUGUCGUGGCUUCACCCCACUCGUGCGCCAGUCCCUGUGGUUGAGCGCUUGAUAUGCCAAUAUAAUGGUAUAUCGGGCGACAGACGAAUGCCAGGAUUUUUGCAACUCUCGGUCUCAUCGGAACCCAUUGGACAUGCCAUUAUAUCCCACUGGCAACAGCUUAUCAAGUUCCGAGUGCUCUACAUUGCACAUUUAAGACACAAAUCAAACUAUUGGUUUUCGUACUGGUGUUCCAUCAAGGACACGGAAGCGGUCGAGCAUCUGGCCUCACCGCAUUGCCACCGCUCUUCAGCCUCUUUUCCCUUCCGAGUUGAUGUUCAAGUUCUCUACCAUGGUAAAGACACUAGUUUGGCAGGCAAGUUUGGUCUCAUGUUCAAUUCGGUUCCCGGAUCUGAAAGUAAACGAGACUCUAUCGGACCUUCUUUGCGCCCCGGCGAUGCUCUGUACCCACACAAUCGCCUGCUUUACCUUUACUCACUCAUUAAUACUACUUUCUCGACAAGUCCUGCUCCAGAAAAUCCCCUCCUGGUCCGCAUUUCCCUCGGAUUUGUAAAGUUCGUCUGUCUAGGAAACUUGGUUAUGGCUAGGAACAACCCCACAGGAAACUCGGGGCGCUCGACGGUAGAAAUUCGAUUGGAUGGCCAGCCCUUGAUCCCAUGGCUAACUCCCAUUGCCGAACUGCAUCCUAUCAUUGGACUUGAUCAUCUACUGCUGUGCUCGAUGUUCUAGUAUUGCUCUCGAUGCUCUACUACCGCUCUCGAUGCUCUACUACCAUGCUCUGCUACUGCGCUCGAUGCUCUGCUGGCGCACGAGUCUAUGCCCUGCAAAUCCUGCAUACGAAAUCAGUAGUACCAAAUAACACCUGCAUCUUGCUUGUGUCGAACUUCAAGAUGCUCGCAGUACUUUUCAUGGCCAACCAUUUGUUACUGUCGCAUUGCAAAUGAGCUACCGGGAUAGAGGCUAGUGCCAAGAUACCAUUGAGCUAUGGGAUACAUGUGUAGAGUACCAUAC